CAACGCAACAGACCUAGUAAUGGCGAUUUCUUCCUCCAGCUUCCACUCUCCACUCUGAUUUCUUCAGAUUGAUUGGCUUGGUGGAUUGGUGGCUUUGAGUGUUUCAGACAGUUUGGCUUGGUGACUUUGAGAAACCGACUGAGCUGUGAGCUGUCUCUCACACUCCGAAUGAGAAGCAUGAGCAGCAAAGGUCGAGCAUUGGGCGCGCACCAACACUUCUCAUGCACACGCACGCACCAGAUCGGAGCACUCCUCCUAGUGGUCUUCACCUUCUUCUUCACCAGGCUCUUCGACCGUCCCCGCGCUUCUACCGCUACUAGCAUCUCGCCCGAUCUCCUCCGUACAUAUGGCAGACCUCCGCUUCUCACCGACGGCGGAGAUCUCUCAUGGCCUCAGCGCGGCUACGGGCCUCACCUCGACCUCAAAAUCUACGUCUACGAUGAGGACGAGGUCGACGGCUUGAAGGCCCUCAUGUAUGGCCGCGAUGGAAGAAUCACGCCCAAGGAUUGCUUGAAAGGCCAGUGGGGAACUCAGGUUAAAAUACAUAAGCUACUUUUGCAAUCAAGAUUUCGGACAAGGAAGAAGGAGGAAGCUGAUCUGUUCUUUGUGCCAGCUUAUGUGAAAUGUGUUCGUAUGAUGGGCGGUCUUAAGGAUAAAGAGAUUACUGAGACUUAUGUGAAGGUCUUAAGUCAGCUGCCUUAUUUCAGGCUAUCUGGUGGCUGUAAUCACAUAUUUGUUUUUCCAAGUGGUGCUGGAGCUCACUUAUUUAAGUCUUGGGAGAUAUAUAUAAAUCGAUCCAUAAUUCUCACCCCUGAGGGGGAUCGAACUGAUAAGAAAGAUACAAGUGCCUUUAAUACUUGGAAAGAUAUAAUCAUUCCUGGUAACGUUGACGAUUCAAUGACUACAAAUAAGGCUAGGGUUGUUCAUCCAUUGCCUCUAUCAAAGCGGAAAUACCUUGCAAAUUAUCUAGGUCGUGCGCAAGGAAAGGUUGGUCGUUUGAAGUUAAUAGAGCUCUCAAAACAAUUUCCAGACAAGUUGGAAUCUCCAGAGUUGAAGUUUAGUGGCCCAGAAAAACUAGGAAGAGCAGAAUAUUUCGAGCACCUCCGCAAUGCCAAGUUCUGCCUUGCUCCACGUGGGGAAUCGUCCUGGACUCUUCGCUUUUACGAGUCAUUUUUUGUGGAAUGUGUCCCAGUGAUAUUAUCAGAUCAAAUAGAAUUGCCGUUUCAAAAUGUAAUCGACUACAGCCAAAUAUCAAUCAAAUGGCCAUCGAACCGAAUAGGGCCAGAGCUCUUGGAGUACCUGGAGUCAAUUCCAGAUGAAGAUAUAGAGAGUAUACUGAGCCGUGGUAGAAAAGUCAAGUGUUUGUGGGUUUAUGCUCCAGAAUCGUCUCCAUGUUCAGCCAUGCAAGCAAUUUUGUGGGAACUUCAAAGGAAAAUCAGGCAGUUUCAUCACUCAGCUGAAACGUUUUGGCUGCACAAUGGAACUUUUACAAAUAGGGAUUUGGUCAAAUUUUCUGAUUGGAAACCUCCCUUGCCUUUGCCUUAAAUCUCAUUUCACGUGGUACCUCUAUUAUUUCAACUGCAUAUUUUUGUAGUUCAUAUGUUAUUAAUUUGUUUUUUUCAUUAUCUUUAGUUGCAUCAAGAUCUUUUCUCUUCCUGCAAUGAUUUGUAGUUUCUAAGUGGGCGAUAUAUUAAUGGUUUUCAACCCCUGUUUAAAAAAAAAUACUUGUUUUUUAUAAAUAAAAUCAAGUAUAAAAAAUGACAAAAAGACUCGAAGGUAAAACUUGUAUCGGUAUAAAACAUUAAUGAAAUUGCCAUAGUAAAAAGUGUGGAUAAAUUUGCUAUC